GCUAAGUUGAAUUGGUGAUUUCACUUGGGAUAAGUAAUUGAUCGCCACUUGACAUAUAAAGUCGAUUCAAGCUUUCUAUUAAUAUAAAGCUGUAAGCUUAUACAAUUCACUUUAGGUUAACCUUAACGUCAUCUGAUUCUGAUUCCUGGAUCUUUUCCUUGAUGGCUGCCGUCGGCUGGAGAAGGUUGCGGAUACUGCGCUGAUAGCCGUCAAAUGCCUGUUAUGUAAGUUGCAUGUACGUACCUAGAGUAAACUUUAUGUACAUAGUACAGACGUAAUUGUUUUGGGGGGAAAUAAGUACGCUGCAACCACACGUGGCAGCAUUUAGCAGAUGCUUUUUUAUCCCCAGCAAAUUAAUUCAUGCUUACCUUAUAUUAGCUGCCAAGCUGCCACUUCUUUGAGUCGUGCAACAUCGAAUAAGAUACGUUGUCACCCAAUCUUCUUCUUAUCCAAACUUUUCUUUUUCUGCUGCAAACGCUUUGCAACAGCAUGGCAUCAAGGUUUGGCCACUCGACGCUCCACCAGCGAGAUUCCCGCAGCGCCCUGUUCGAGGGCUACAGCGGCAGCGGACGGAAUAGCGCCGACCCUGCGAGACGAACCAGCCCGGCGCUGGGCGGCUACGGGUAUGGGUAUCCCGGGGGAAGCAACGGCGCGGCGACCGGCGGUAAUAGCACGCAUUUAGGUGUGGAUAGUAGGGGGGGUUAUAGGUCUGCGACACCGAAUUCGAGGGGCCAAUACAGCGACGCGGUGCUCAACGAGCUCGAGAGCCAGAACGACCAGCAGGUCGAGGGCAUCUUAGGGAAGGUCAAGAUCCUGAAAGAUAUGACAGUGGCCAUCGGCGACGAGAUCAGGGAAUCUUCGGCGCUUGCGGAGAAGAUGAACGAUACGUUCGAUUCGACGCGUCUACGGCUGCGCGGCACCAUGAACCGCAUGCUUGUUAUGGCGGAGCGCACCGGUGUCGGUUGGAAGGUGUGGCUGGCGUUUUUUGCCGCCGUCAUCUUUAUUUUCGUCUACGUCUGGCUGUUUUAAUUAUCUACCCCGUUUGCGGUUUGCGGUUUUCGCAUCUCUGAUAUUCGCU